UAAUAUCAGUAUUUGUUGUUUGCUGAAAGGGAAGGUGGCAGAUUGACAUAACAGUACAUGAUCACUGCCAACCCUCUAAUGACCUAAUUUUAUGUUCAUCUUAAGCCAACAGGACACAUCUUUCUUUCUCGCAUGUACAUGUAGGAAUGAGCUCACUUUUGUUUUGUUUUACAUGUAUUGUUGAAAAUUCAUGGUUCCUAGGGUUUCUUUUUUUUAAUAAAUGUCAUAUUCUAAAACAGGAAAAUUGCUUCUUUGUGUUGUUUCAUGGAGAAAUUUGAUAUUUCUUGAUUUUGAAUAUUAGAAUGAAUUAAUUUAGAUAUUUGAAAGCAAGACCUGUAGACUUUGUUGCAUAUAAUGGAAAAGGGUUAACUGGAAAGUCAGUGUGAUGUGGAAUUCACUGGAGGUGCAGAAAUAUGAAGAGGGUGGGGCCAAGCUUGGCAAGAGAUCGUCUGUGUGAAAUAUGUCAGAAGAAUGAUAGUGGAACAGUGAGAAUUAUGUGAUAGAUUGGAAUCGGUGAAGGAUUUACAUAUCAAGGGACAGGAUAGGUGGGUGAUACGCCUGUGGUAACUUGGGCAAGACGACUUUGAGGGAAUGUUGAGAGUUAUGCUUGAUGAAAGAUGAAGGUGUGUAGCUUGGAUUGUUUGAGAUUGGUGCUUUGCGGGAGUGAGUAGGAAUUGUAGAGAGGGGGGGGGGGGGGGUACAAGUAACGUGUGAUGUGUAGAUGGACAUAGAAUAUGACUUUACCUAGGUUGGGAUUGAAAAAAGGACUGGUUGGCGAAGGCAAGCGGGCUGUACGUUGGUAUAUGGUCACGUGCUGAGGAGGGGGCACCGGGCAUGUUUUAAGAGAGUAUUUAAAGUUCGAAGUAGGGGGGGGGGUUGAUUUGAUCUCUUCGUCUUCAGCUAGACACAAAACCCAACAAGUUAUUUUGUCCGAUUUUGUUUCAGACUGACGGGCUGUGAGGUUUGAAUAACCGAUUAAAGUCUACAUCUUGGAUGCCAAGAUAUUAUUCUUGAUGGUGAAAGGUAUACAUUCACCUUACAAUAGACACAUUGUCCAAAUAUCCGUCUCAGGGGCCAUAUCCGGAGUUCACUAAUCCUUACAUUGUUUCGUGCCAUUCUCUUUGAUCCUUUAUAAUCUUCCCGCUGCAAAGCGCGCGGCACGCGCCGAAAAAGGACAUCGCCUUUUCAAAACGGUUCAAUUGAUCGCUUUUCACCAACGCUGAAUUCUGUUUUAUCUUAAAAGAUGAUCAGGAUUUGUUUUUCUUAGGGAUGGGACCUUCAAUUAUCUAGCACAUCCGUGUGGUUUCAUUGGAUAAUGCCUAGCGACCAAUCAAAAUAGGCAUAUCAAAUUUGGCUUUUUGCAAGUCCUGUUUUGUAAAGCCCACAUUCUACUUAAGACCACCGUUUCGUAAGCACCUCGAAUUGAUCACCAACAAGUUUUAUUUUUUUGCAAGUGGAAAAGUAAAGCUUAGACAUUUCCCUUAAAAGAUAUCGAACUGCACUAUGACAACCACGAUGCUACCAUUGAACUCUCAACUAACGAAGAAGCAGAUUGAGAUCCUCGAAGCUGAAUUCGUCAUCAACACACGCCCUGAUAUUACUACUAGAGAUCGCUUGGCAAACACAUUGAAAAUCAGUAACCUCUUGAUAUAUGUUUGGUUCCAGGUUCGUCGCUCAAGACUUCGUCGCAACCCCUCUCAGAGGAGAGUAUCUCAGAAGAGCAAAGUGGACACCACCCACCAACCCAGUCAACUCUCCGUCGUCAUCGAUGACGCUGACGUAACGAAGUCAUCUUCAGACGUAGCUGAUCAACCCUUAGAUCUCUCCACGGCCAGUCGUAAACGAAAGUCCCAAGACGACAUCAAUGACAAAGAGAUGCCUCCUCAUCCCUGCAAGAAACCGGCAACCAACCUGCCAUUGAUGACCUCGCCGACCCACCACCCUGCUGUUUGCGGCGCCAACCAGUACAGCUCGUCAGUUGACACAACAAGCGGCGUCGGCAUCAGUCCAUUAAUGUCGGUUGACUUUCUCUCCCGAAGCAGUCAGACAGAAAGGAUGCCUUGUCAUGACGUCACACAUCUCUACAGAACGCCGAUGUUUUAUCCGUGUGCAGUCCCGUAUUUGAUUUACUACCACUGAUAAUAUAAGUGGCAAUUUAGAAGAACAUUUUGUGAACAAUAUGAUUAUAACAAGAUCGAAGCUAAAGAUUCUUAAUAUAGAUGAUUGGUCUCGGAGGCAUUGGAUACGUUUUUUGGCGAGGGACAUUUUCCAAGUAGAGUGUGGUCUUUAUUAUUGUUUUUUGGUAUCCGAUAAUUUUUGAUAAUUUCUUAUGGUCUCUUAGUUGUUUUUGUUCAAAUUUUACUUGUUACUUGAUAUGUCAUUUAUGUAUGGUUUCUCG